GUUUGAUUAUUUUCUACGUUGGGUUACCAAAAAUAUUCCUCAUGAUCUCUGAUAUAUGUAUGUCUUCUACUUAACCUUUUUCUCACGAGGAAUGCCUGUCCUUCAUCAUAAAAUUCAGUGUCACUCUGAGUAUCUUUUUCCCAAUCUUGGGUACUUGACUAGCUACCUAGCUUAGCCAUUAAUCACUUCAUAAAGUUCAGUGUCACUCUCUCCUCCAUUGGAGAUGACUGAUCCUCUUUUUACCUUUCGAUCAUCUGAAAUAGGUUUAAUCACUUUUAAUGCAUUCUGGGAUUCUUUGAUUAGCAGAACAUUCUCAUGAUCAGGGAGACUCGCGAGUUUGGAUAUAUGGAGAACUCGAUCUCAAAACAUGAGCUUUUUUGUAGAUCAUCACAUGACAAAAUCUAGUUGGAGUAUUGAUAAGAGCUAAGAGCGCCCUUUUGGACUUCUGGAUCACGGUCUACAUUUUUUGACCAAUUGGUUACAUCUGAGGUACUGGCGAUCUAGCUAAUUGGUAAUUUUUUCUUCAUAGGCUUCAUUGGGUCUUGUUCAACUUUUGUUUCCCCCAAUGAAUAUUUGACCUUUAGCACCUUUGUUCCCUCCCCCCCCCUCUCUCUCUCUCUCUCUCUCUCUCUCUCUCUCUCUCUCUCUCUCUCUCUCUCUCUCUCUCUCUCCUCCCUUAUAUAAUAUUCUCAAUACAAGUACUCUGCCGUGGACUUUAUAUUACUGGAGCAGUUGGUUAAGUAGGUAAGAAGGUUUUGGUUUCUUACGCGGGGAGAUUCUGUUUACCUUUGGAUUUGUUUGAUCAGCGAGUAAGAACUUGAUCUAGUUGAAAAUGGGGAAGCUCAACUUUGGGAGGGCGUUAGAGUGUUUUUUUCUUUCAUCUUGUUCAAGCGCUUGCUUCUGCAUGAACUCUAUGGAAAGCCAAGACGAUUUUGAGACGAGGUCAUUGAUCACAAGUGACAAAGGCCAGCUGCCGAGAUUGAAAGAUGUCGUUGCUGGAAGCCAGACCUUGGCUUUUCAAUUGAAGCCCAAGACGGUGAUGCUAAGGGUGUCCAUGCACUGCAAUGGCUGUGCAAGAAAAGUUGAGAAACACAUCUCAAAGAUUGAAGGAGUGACCUCGUACAAAGUAGACUUGGCAAGCAAGAUGGUGGUUGUCAUCGGAGACAUUCUUCCUUUCGACGUGCUGGAGAGUGUCUCUAAGGUAAAAAACGCAGAGCUUUGGAACUCUCCAUCUUGAUCAAUGAUCGAACAACAGUUUUCCAACCCAAAUUGCUAAUCCACCCACAGAAAGAGAAGAAGACAUUAAACAAAUGCUCUCAUGUAUCUUUUAUGGUUGUCAUUCAUAUACACUACUACAUAUAUCAUAUAUGUGUUAGUUCUCGUUUGCUGUACGUCCUGAUCUUCUGCAGGAAGAGGGAAACAAAAGUCUGCAUCCCUCCAUGGAUCUGCAUGCUAUCUUGAGCUCAAAUGCAGUAUCAUGUAAAUAGUUAUUUGCAAACAAUAUAUUUCCGGCUGAUUUUAAGUAAAAA